AUGGCGGAGGUUCUUGGCACCGCCAUUGGCGUCAUUGGCUUCGUCGGCCAGCUAUUCGACGGCUGCGUCAAGGCCUAUGGAUACUUCACCACGGCAAGCAACCUGGACUCGGACAGCCAGCGGAUGAUGUGCAAAGUGCGCAUUGAGGAGAUGCGGCUGGUGGUCUGGGGCAGGGAAUGGGGAGUCGCAGAGGGCAAGUUUGACGAGCACCUGAGCGAGCGGAAUCCGCAACUCAAGGUCUUGGCGACACAGAUUCUGGAGCAGCUUCAUGGCACCGUCACGGACUUUAAGAAGCUGCAGGAUCGCUAUGGGCUGGUGGAUGAGGCGGCGAGCAAGGGCGGUAAGGAGGCGGAUGUCUCACCACCGCGGAAAGGAUCCAAGGAUGAGGGCAAGAAGACGAAUGGCUUCAAGGCGUCAUCGAGUACGCUUUCGCUUUCAAAUGAGAGGAGCUGGAGAAAAGAGAUUGGGCUGAGGACGAAAUGGGUAAUAGGAGACAAGGACAAGUUUUCCAACCUGUUGAAGGAUCUCAAAGACUUCAAUGAUGGCCUUGAGGCCCUCUUCCCCCCUUCCCAGGUCCAAUCCUUUCAGCGUGCCUGGACGCAUCAGCUCCUCGACCGCGCCCAACGAGACCUCGCUGAGCUCUCUCUGCUUGAAAAUGCAUCGUCUGGCAUCUAUCCCAAGCUCACAAACUCAGCCAACCUCAAGAAACUUCGCAUCAACCUUGACAGCAAGCCCCAGGAAUCCUUUAAACCUACCUUUGCCCUGAAAAUCGGGCGCACCUCGCUCAACAUCCAGGACCUAGAAUCGCCUCGCCGGGUUCAGGCGCACCACGUCACUGCAGGUGAUGUACUCAUCGAAUGGGUCGACUAUGACCGCGAAGAGAUUGAGGAGCGUGUUGUCCAUGUCCGAAGAAUGGACGACUUGGCUCGCAUGAUGCACUCAGCCUCAGAGUGCCAUCCAGAUCUUCACAGCAUUGAUUGUCUGGGAUACACAGACGACGCCGCCAACAACCGCUAUGGCCUUGUCUAUAAAGCGCCAGCAUCAUCCCACUCAACACUUAAGACGCUCAUCUCUAGCCCCGACCUCAAAACGCCGGAUCUCGACGACCGCAUUCGCCUUGCGCAAACCCUCGCCGUUGCCGUUUGGUCCCUGCACUCGCUCGACUGGCUGCACAAAUCCAUCUGCUCCUCUAACAUUGUCUUUUUCCCCUCUGCAUUUUCAACAUCCGGCCUCUCGCCCACCGCCUCUGCCGCCCUCGUCCCAGACAUCUCCUUGCCGUAUCUCAGCGGCUUCGGCGCCUCCCGCCCGGAGCUCGACACGGCAUUGUCCGUUGUCCCGCGCAACCCGUCUAUUGAGGACCUUCACCGCCAUCCUGCCUCUCUUCGUGGCAGGCCGCAUAUCAAGUCGUUUGACAUUUACAGCUUCGGCCUAGUCCUGUUGGAGAUUGGCCUCUGGAAGGUCCUACAGACAUACUACAAGGGACACUACACUGCUGAGCGCUGGCGUGAUAAGGUCGUCCUCGCCGUGCUAGUCCCGGGGUUAGGGAGCAAAGUCGGCAAGAGGUACAGGGAAGUAGUAGAGAUGUGUCUGCGAGUGGAUGAGGAAAUGUCGAGCAGUGAAGCGGGUGAAUUGAUGGAGGAGGUUGUGAAUAAGCUGGAGAGCAUCCGGGUGUGA